AGUCAUGGCGCGCGUGUGAGUUCAUCUUUCCACCGUGGCUUUGCCGCGCGCGCACAGGGAAGCACCUCUGCCAACAUCUGCAGCUCCUGCUCCCCGUGAACCCCUCUCCUUUAUUAGGGUUUCCAUCGAGAGCGGCAGGCAUCCCGCUCUAGCAAGGGAAGCCCCCACGCGUUGCGCGCCUGACUCGCCGGGGCUACACUUUCACGCACGGAAAGUGCAUUUGCGUGUGUGCUUGUGUGGCAGGGGGGGAGCAAGCCUGAGGCUCUGUCUUCAACAGUUGCCACCGAAGCGGCGGAGAGCGCAGGAGGAGAGCAGGAGAGACAACAGACUGAAGACGCGCAGCCCCACGCCGCUCUGCCCGGCUCUGCUCCUGACAUGCAGUCGCUCAUAUCUCCAGUGACCAAGGCCAUCCUAGUAGCUCUCUUCAUUUUCGCCAUCCUCCUCAUUCUGUAUGUGAUCCUGUGGUACAUAUGCAGAGACGUGGACUGUGACCACGGCAUUUGAGGAUUUCGUUGAAAAGGAGCGUAAAGGGAAUACCUUCAUGACGCGCAAAGAGCCAAACGGAGUCAUCCUUGAUGCCCAGACAAAAUGGCAAGGUUGCCAUAGUGACAGGAGGAGGCAGAGGAAUCGGCUAUGAGGUGGUCCGUCAGUUGGCCAGACUGGGGGCUCAUGUUAUAAUCGGCGGCAGGGAUGAGCAGGAGGGUUUUGCAGCUGUCCGACGGAUCUGUGAAGAGGACAAGGAGGCCAAAGUGGAGUUCAGAAAGCUGGACCUAGCCUCUGUGCUGUCAAUUCGUCAAUUUGCUCACAGCUUCAAGGAGAGGAAUCUGCCGCUCAAUAUUUUAGUUAAUAAUGCGGGUGUCAUGCUGGUUCCUGAGGGGCGCACCGACGAUGGAUACGAGCUGCACUUUGGCGUGAACUACUUAGGCCACUUCCUUCUAACCUGGCUACUUCUGGAUUUACUGAAGAGCUCCGGGGAGCACGGUGACGCUGCCCGUGUGGUUAACGUUUCAUCAUCAGCACACGGCAUUGGGAAGAUCAGACUAAAUUACAUAAAUAGCAGUUACCAGUAUUCAGCCCACGCUGCUUAUUGUCAGAGUAAAUUGGCCCAGGUGUUGUUCAGUUCUCACCUGCAUCAGGAGAUGCAGCGCGGCGGUUUCUGUGUGAGCUCUUGUGCUGUGGAUCCCGGCAUGGUCAACACUGCUCUCUACUGCCAUCUGUGGACGCCUCUCCGCAUGGCACAGCGGGUCAUUGCCCGCCUUCUUUUUAGGACUCCUGCAGAGGGUGCAGUGACUGUGCUGUCAGCCGCCUUAAGUGAGGACUGUAAAGGUGGCUACUGGACCAAUGGGCACCGUGAGAUGACAACAUCACCAGCCUUUGAUCCUGGACUUGAGCUGAACCUGUGGGAAGUCAGCAUGCAGUUGCUGGGACUUCAACGUGACCAGUAGGACUGAAGCUGACUAAAAUCACUCCAAAAAGACCCUUUGGACCAUCAGCCAGUUCUCCUUUUUUCCUAUUUUUUUCCAUUCAUCCACUCAGCACACCUACAGAUGUAACCUUUUGUUAUGACUUCUGUCAAAACAUUCUACUGGACUACGAUUGGUUUCUUGGGGAUGGAAGAUCUCUGCGUUUUGCUCCAGACUUCCCAAAGAAGGGCUACAGAAAGGCAUUUUUUGGGUUUCUCUUUUGCUUUUUUUUUUCUUGAGGGCUACCAACGCCUGAUAUAUGCACUCAUAUAACAAAGUUCUAGUAUUUUUGAAUCUACACUGUCAAAAGUCCUGAGCCUCUUAGUUAAAAAAUCUGUUUUAAGUUUCAAUUCAGUUUUAAUCCAAUUUUUCCCCCAGCUGAUUAUAGCAAUUAUAAAAACUUCUAAUGUGUGAACCACAUGACUUUGCCUUAGUGUUACAACACUAGAAAUGCUUAAUUUAAUGAGCUAAAUCUUGUUUUUAAAAUCCUAAAAUCAAUAUUGAAAUGAUUUUUAGCAACAGUUUAACUGUAAAAAUGAGUAUUUCUGUAUUUAUUUUUAUGUCUGUAUGCAAAAUAUUGCUUAAGUAUAAUCCUUGCGUUUGCAUCGAGACACAGAUUUGACCUAAACAGCUUUGCUGCUGUACGGAAUGUGCUGAAAAGAGCUUGUUCUACCACAUCAAUCCGGUGAUUCUUCAAUCACCUCGCCAUCCUGCCUCUUUUACUGAGAGCACUUUAUUUAUUUAGUCUCACAUUUUCUCUUGUGGUUCUUGUUGGAUCAUUGUUUAACCGACAGCAGUAACCAUGAAGAGAUAAAAAAAGUUUAAUAGCACUUAUCAUAGCUUAAAACCGUUCCCGUUUUCUCUUUCUGCCGCUCAGCUAAAGACAUUGCCUUGAAACAGGAGAAGACUCGAUUUGAAGGCCUAAUCUUUGAAUUAUUCUGCCUCUGUUUGAGAGGCAUCCGAUCAUUUAUUUGCACAUCGAAAGAAAUUCUUCAUAUUUGAGUCUUGUUUAUGCCGACGGACAUCAGACCAGUUGUGGAGAAGACAAAAAGAGACAACGCUUUUUUAAAAUUUAUUUCUUGUGUACAAACUGAUUGGAUUCUCAGUCCUGCUGCUGGUGCUGCUUCCUCAUUUGGCGCUGCUCCCAGUGCAUUGUGGGAUUGAGAUUUCCCCAGUUGUGUUCAUCUAACUCUGUGUGUGCUGCUGACAAACAGAUUUACUCAGAGCGGGCACAUUCAGUCAAGUCUGCAAACAAAAACACAGGAAAUGAACUCGUCUUUCUCCAUGCGCAGAUUUCCCACGCACACACCUAUGGGAUAACAACUGCGCCGCAACGCCAUCUCCACUGUGACGAAUGCAUUUCUGCUGUGAAGUGGGAAAGUUCAAUCUUAAGUUUGAGGUUUUUAAAUAAAAAAGAUUGCAGUUUCUGCAUUGAAAACUGCCACUGAGCAUCCAGCCUCCUGAAUAAUCCGCUGUUAUUGAAGCAAUACUAUCACUGUGGUAGCUGAUUUAGUAGGCAGUGCAGCGUUCAGAACAGAAGCAGACUGAAAGUGCGCCCAGAGUUACCCGCAUGUCGAGAGUUUGACAUUUUUCUGUCUGUGUAAAGAAAAUAUUUUUUAGUGUGCUUUGUUUUGUUGGAAGACGCUCACCAGGGUUCUUCGCCAGAGGCCUGUUGGAAAUGGGAAUGCAGCUUGCAGAAACUCCUUCAGAAAUCCUUGAGGUCAGAUUGAUUCUACUCCUCAUCUUCAAAUGAGUUGACAGCCUGAACUCAGAGGCUAAAAACAGUUCUGCUCGACUCUUAAUUCAGAAGCCUGUAGUUAUGAGAGUUUUUCUUGUUUGUUGAUGAAAGAUAUUGGACUAUAAAAAUCAAAGAAGAAAAUGUUAGUCCCUAAAAUAUGGAAGAUCUAAUGCUAGACUCGUUCUUCAUCUUGCAUUAUAUUUCUUCUAGAAAAAAAUAUUUAAAAAGAUGAAAAAGCCUUCAUACUAUCUAGUAUCUCAUGAUUAGCUCUUAAGAAAAACUUAAACUGAGCUGCAGUUAACAUAGAAAGUAUAAACUGUGGUAUAGAACCUCACAUUACAUUCCCAAAUUUGACGCAAACCAGCAAGAACCAAAUGUUGCUAUUCCUCAAAAGACCACUAGAGGUAGGUUUUUAUCUAAUCAUAAGAUUUUGUUUGGGUCCGCAGAGCUGAUUGUUGUCUGUGUGCUUCCAUGUUGAAGUGUGUGGUUCUCAAGCUGCUGGUAGAACAUCAAAACCCUGCUCAGACAAAUGUGCUUGCUCCUGCUAACACUAGCGAAAACACCAGCUUACUUACUGUUCCGCAACACUCAUGGAUCAACGUUCCGACUGGAAAAAUAGUCGAUUUUUUGAGAUCAGGAACACAAUACGUUCCCAAAGAGAGCACGUUCUUGUUGCAGGGGUGUCUACCUGAAGCCAUCCACACUCAACUUUUACAUUGCAAGCCUAGAAAACGAGCUGAAGCAGCUCCACUUACUGUCUUUGAAGAUGUCUUUGUGUGGGUUACUGUACACGAUCAUUUUACGGCAGCACACCAGUGGAGAUUUGUCCAGGCUGAAACUGCUUCUAUAGCCAUUCUUUUGAUUGACCUGGGAUUACAUUUAUAUUAAAUGUUCCAGUCCCAUGUCCUGCAAAAUCCCAAAUGUGUAUAAAUGUGAAAAAUAUGUAGAGCUAAUAUAUGUUUAUAGGGGUAACCAGAUAAACAGAGUCCUUACUGUGAUACAUUUAGAGGGGAAAAAUGUUUUUUUUUUGUAGCUGUUGUCCCAUCACACACUUUUAUUGAAUUUUUUGGAGUUCACGUGUUGGUUUGGCCUGUUUUUAGACUCAGGGGCCGCAGAUGAAGUGACGGGAUUGAUGUACAUUUGGGUUGGAAGUUGUUGAGAAACUCCAAUAUCCCGGAUAUUUCUUCUAAUGCAUGCGCUCCAUGUGGUUAUGGCUUUAGUUCACACAAACGGGAGCUCAACAAGUAUACCUUCAGAUCCACUGUAAGCAUUCAGUUUAUCAGGAACUCUGAGGAUUCAUCAACAGUGUACAAUGUUUUACUUCUUUAUCUCUUGUUGUCAAAACACACAUCUAACUGCUUUUGUUGUGCCUCAAAAGAAAUCUCCCCCAUGAAAACGUGACUGUGAAUUUUUUUCAUGUAGAACUCGUAGAAGCUGUGAUUCCAGUCUUGUCCCGUGCAUUGCCGUAUGUUUUUCCUCUCGUAAGACUGAUGAAAUUAAAAAGAAAAAAAAAAAAUCAGGAGCGAGUGUUUGAACGCCAGCGUCGAUGUUUAGCUAACGGAAAUUGAUGUCCAUAAUUUCUGUCGAUGGUUGUAACAUUCCAGCCGCAGCGAUGACCUUUUUCUAUUAUCCAAAGCCUCUCAAUAAACAUAUCAUUGUGCCA